AGUAAAUAUAGAUGUUAUUCGACCUUUAUACGUUAAAAUACAAAAUGGAAGUAGACAAACUCGACGUAUUAAAAUGGUCAGCUUUUGCAGCUACCGGUAUGUUUGCCGGAGGUGCUAUUUAUAUAAAUAUUGUGGAUAUGCCUGCUCUAAAAAAGGGUACUGAUAAUGAAGCAGCAAGGCGAUUUUGGAAGGAAUCUUUUCUAAGAGCAGCAAAGUGGCAGGGAGGACUUGGAAUGAUAGCAACUGUAACUGGUGGGGCUGUCUGGUUUUUAGAUGAAUCCAGAAACAGACAUCUUUGGUGCAUUGGUAGCAGUGUCAUGGCAACCAUAUUUCCGUGGACAGUGUUCAUCAUGAAGCCAGAUAUCAAUAGAUUACUCAACGACAAUGUCCUCAGAGAACAAGGUGGUGAUUGGGUACGUACUAAGAUAGAUGCCUGGAACAAACAACACAUGUACAGGAGUUUGGUCGGAUUGUCUGUGUUCGGACUGUGGUUGUAUGCCAUUAGUAAAUCUUAACAAAGUUGAUAAAUCUAUCAGCUUGAGUAAAUACACAGCUGGUUUACUAAUGUAUUGUAUUGUGUGGGUACACUGAAGAACCAGAAGCAAUUGAAAGCAAAUGAACACAAAUAUAAAAGCAAGAAACAAAGACUGUUUUAUAAUAUGCUUUUACUUAGGUAGUAAAUCGAUAUCAAUAGACUAUUUUCAUAUUACCGACUUUUGACUCCGGAUUAUAUAAUUUGUCGACUGGUUACCUUGGACAUCAUGGUACCAUGUCAGGUAAGAGCAAGCUAAAGAAGUAAAACCAAGCUUUCAAUCGGUACAAUUUUGGGGGAAAAUUACCUGGUUAAUAUUUUUUUUUUCACUACAAAAUCAUCGGAAAACAGUAAACUUUCCCCUCAAAUUACACCGAUUAUAUGUUUGAUUUUACUUAUUUUGGUUGCUCUUACUUGACCGAGUACCAUGAUGUCCAAGGUAACCAGUCGACAAAUUAUAUAAUCCGGAGUCAAAAGUCGGUAAUAUGAAAAUAGUCUAUUAGUAUAGUGUUGUUUUCUAUUUAAUGAUAGCUUAACAUGUAAAUUGAAUUAAAAACAUCUAAAUGAA